CCGUGGUCACCGACUCACCGGAUCCUCCCUCCUUUCCCCCUUUCUUUUGGCCGCAGCAAACAACAUUCCACAUUCCACAUCCACCAAGAGGCACAAACCCAACCCUCGUCCUCGGUCCUGCACAUGCUCCACCGUCUUCUUCCCCUUCCGCGACGGUGAAACCACCGCAGUCUACUCCAAAACCCUAGAAAUUCCAUUCCUGUGAACCCCCCCUCUCUCUCUCUCCCUCUCCCGUUUGACCUUCGAUUGCCCUUCUCUUUGCGCCAAAAGAUACCUGCACCCCGCCAUGGACCUCCAGAGAGCUAUGUUGGAUGAGCUCAUGGGCGCAGAUCGUAAUUUGACGGAGGACGAAAGGAAGGAUUACAAGGAAAUUACAUGGGAUUCUAAGGAGGUUUGCCCGUAUUACAUGGCGCGAUUCUGUCCUCAUGACCUCUUUGUCAACACCAAGAGCGAUCUCGGGCCAUGUGAGAGAGUCCACGAUCCCAAGCUUAAGGAAAGCUUUGAGAAGUCUCCUAGGCAUGACAAGUUCUUGCUCAAAUUUGAGUCCGAGCUCGCUCAGCGGUGUGAUAAAUUGGUGAUGGAUUUGGACAGAAGAGUUAGACGUGGGCGCGAACGUAUUGCUCAAGGUGAAGAACCUGUGCCACCUCCCCCACUAUCAGCUGAGAAGUCUGAACAAUUAGCUGUCAUUGAAGAGAAGAUAAAGAACUUGCUGGGGCAAGUGGAGUCCCUUGGCGAAGCUGGGAAAGUUGAUGAAGCUCAAGCCCUUAUGAAAAAGGUAGACGAACUGAAUGCUGAGAAAAUACUGAUUCAAGCUCAGGGUGACAAGUUACCUCUGGUCCUUCCUGAGAAAAAAAUGUCCUUGUGUGAGACCUGUGGAUCUUUUCUCGUUGCAAAUGAUGCUGCAGAGAGGACACAGUCUCAUGUAACCGGGAAGCAACAUCUGGGCUAUGGCUUAGUUCGUGAUUUCAUCAGUGAGUACAAGGAAGCUAGGGAAAAGGCGAAGGAAGAGGAACGAUUAGCAAGGGAGAAAGAAACUGAAGAACGAAGGAAGCAAUCAGAGAAGGAUCCUGACAGGAGUCGAAGGAGUGUAUCAGGUGAAAGGGAUCGUUAUCAGGACCGAGACAGGGAUAGGGAGCGGGACAGAUACCGUGACAAUGAAAGGUCGAGGGAAAGGAAUGGUAGACAUCGGGAUGGUGGAAAGGGUUCCAGGAAUGGAAGGGAUAGGUACUAUGAUCGAAGUCGGUCACGGUCCCCUGGGAGGCACAGUAAUAGAAGGAGGUCCUCAAGAAGCCCUGUUCGCCCUUAUUAGUGGGUUCGGUAGAUGGAUGUCUGAGCUUUUAUAUAUCCCAUGAGGUAGACAAAUUCAAUCUCAAAAGUCUUCUGAGCAAGUGCUUUUGGAGUCCUAAAGCUAAAUCAUCAUCUUGGAUGUCAAAAUUUUCUCUUUCUAUCUCACAGCUUUGAUGAGACUGUACCCCACUUUCAUCAGUACUCUUAAGAGGAGAGAUUGGUUGAGGUAGGUAUAACUUGAAAUUUGUGCAACUCGUGUGUUUACUUGAAGCUUGGAUGAACUUUAUGCUAUAUGGGAACAUCGAUGUUAGAGGUAUUCUCCUUCCUUUCUCUUUACUGGGUCUUUUGAUGACAGAUCUGUUUCGAUUCUGAUGGAUUUGAGAACUCGCGAUAUUAUGUUACAGAAUGCCAGUGCUGCUAUACCAUCAUGAUAUAUUUUAUACAUGUCUUAGCUGAAAGGUAACAUAUUAAUGUCACCAUUCGUUCAUGACCAUGAAAGCGAAUUUUCUUGGUACACAUAUCAUGGAUUUGUGUGUCAACUCAACUAGUGUGGAGGUAACAUAAUUCUGAACUGCUGUCUUAGCUGAAAGGUAACAUAUUAAUGUCACCAUUCGUUCAUGACCAUGAAAGCGAAUUUUCUUGGUACACAUAUCAUGGAUUUGUGUGUCAACUCAACUAGUGUGGAGGUAACAUAAUUCUGAACUGCUAGUUCGUUUCCAGAAAUCUCAAAUGCCCCUUGUUAAUGCAAGUCUAAAGUCAUUUCACAGCAAGUUCAUGAUCACAUAUUAGUGACUGUUAAGCCUGGUUAAACAUAGGUUUUCUGGAUGGUAAUAGGUGUAAAAUGGCUUCUUGCAAUUUGCUUGUUUCAACACCACAAGAAUCUCAAUGGCUUAAGGUCCAAGAGUGAGCUGGUUAUGGGGUAACUACUUUCUCUUAGUUGGGUUAAGUUUCAUUUCAACCUUUUAUAGCUCUGCCUUGGAACAACUGUUAAUUCUAUGGUAUUGGUUUCAACAUCCUUGGAAAUCUACUUCGGUGGUACCAAAAGGUUAAAUCAGCUUAAGGACUAGCACCGGUGUGGAAUUGUGAGAGGUAAAACUUCAAUGCACCCAUGAUAUGUCUGCAGAAUGGCUGUAUUUGUAUUCUAGCUUGCAGGAAGGUUAAAGUGUUUGGGUGAAAAGCGGGAUGAAAGAGUUGCUGAUGGUUGGUUACAAGGCAUUGCCUCUAUCUCAUGCCAAAUAACCAAGGUGGUAAUUGGAAGAUGACUAUGGCUGAUUGAUCCUAACUUCUGUAGCAUAAGUGUGAUUUCAGAACCCUAAUAAAUUCGGUUGUUUGUUUUGGCCAUCAAUACAAUGUUUUUGUGCAU